GUACAGUGGCCGCCGCUGGAUAAUGUAUUUUUCCACUAGCAAUAGUCCACACAAGUAACCGGUGUGUGGACUACAUUACCCAGGUGUCAAAAUAGUAUAUAAUUUUGAGAUUACUGUACCAUAAUUGUGUAAAUUAACUAUCUACAUAAUUAUAAACAUGCAUAAUUGUCCCCAAUAAUAAAAUCGUAACAAACGAUUUUAGACAAUUUAGGAAUGAAUCGAAUCAGUGGAACAGUCGAGAAGCCGAGUUUAGACAGUACUUUCAUGGCAGCAGCGUAUCCGAAUCCACAUUCAUAAUCGUAUUCGAAGCAGCAAUGAAACGUCUACGUUGCUGCUAGCGUAACUACCUAGCUAGCUGUUAGUUUUGAUUUAAUUGUCUUGUGUAUUUUCAAAUGACUGUGCAUUACUGUCAUGUUUAUACAAACAACGGGGAAAUGCGCUGAGGGAAAGCAGCUUCAUCCUUACCUUGAUUCGUGAGCAACUAGCGUUAAUUUAUCUGAAAGGCAGCCAGCUAACUAGUUAAUUAUUACAGCUAACGCUAGCCAGCUAAGUUAGCUAACUUUAGUCAGUUGUAUUUUGUCAAGCGACAACACAUGUUGGACUUGCAAAUGCUUCGUCAAAGUAGACUUUACUUACUUAUCACGCUAUCAAAGCGCAUGACAACUCUCGAGUAGGUUUGGUCGUCCCGUGAUGGCAUUGAGUAGCUUGAUAGUUACAGUAAACAUUUUGUUUACCUAGCGAACAGUUGCUGACGACUAUACCGUAGAUCGAGCAAGGCCAUCUUGCUAGGAUGUAGACUAGCAGGACCCGUUUUCUGGUUUUAAUUGAUAUAUACAGUCGUUUCAAUGGGGAAAAGGAAAGACAUGAUCCACUCAAGGAUUAUUUUAGGUGAUGGGGGCCAUGUGGGCUUACAAAGCCUGCAUAGGAGGAAACACAAAAAACACAAGAAGACGCAUCACCGCGACAACGGGCACAGCUCCUACUCCGAGGCCCUAGAGUCAGACUCCGGGAUUGUGUUCAAGCCCCCCACACAGCUCAGACUCAAGAUCAAACUGGGAGGCCAAACACUUGGGACAAAAAGUGUGCCAACGUUCACUGUGGUCCCUGGUGUAGCCCAUUCCCAGUGUCCUCUGAUGAUCGUGGACGACGAUGACGACUCUGAUGAUGAUAAACCUUCUGAGGGUGUUCCACUUGAGCAAUAUCGGGCCUGGCUUGAUGAGGACAGUAACCUGGACCCGUCUCCUCUGCCAGACAUGGACUCAGACUCCCUGGGUAAGCCGCUGGACGAGGAGGAGAAGUGGCUGGACGCCCUAGAGAAAGGAGAGCUGGACGACAACGGAGAGUUGAAGAAGGAGAUCGAUGAGUCCCUGCUCACAGCCAGACAGAAAGCCCUCCUGCACAAGCAGCAGAACCAGCCUCUCCUGGAGCUGCCCAUGGGCUACAAGGAGAAAGAGAUGACCACCGAGAUGAUGCAGAAGAGAGAGGAGAGUGCCCGCAAGAGGCGCCUGCAGGCGGCCAAGAAGGCAGAGGAGGACAAGAACCAGACCAUCGAGAGGCUCACCAAGACCUCCAAGGCCAAGAUCAAGAGUAUGAGGGAGCGUAAGUCCAAGCAGGCCCAGUGUCCCAUGGUCCGCUACUGUGACUCAGCCCAGGGAAUGGGGAUUUCGUUCCCAACAGGGGUGCUUGCCCCGACCCCUGCUUCCCUGUGCCCCCCUCCCCUGGCACCGGUAGGCUGCGGGAUAAACGGGUGCAAUAAUCUGAAGAGGUACUCAUGCUCCAAGACUGGGAUCCCUCUCUGUAGUCUGGACUGCUACAAGAAGAAUCUGGUCCUUGUUGUGGAGAGUGCUGCUUGAAUUGGACCGUUUUCAAAUGUUUUGGCUUGCUGGCAGUUUAGACUCUUGGGCUAAAUGGACAAUGCGUAAUUUUUUUGUAUUUUGAGAGAUUAUGAAAAGGCAUUUUAUUUUAUUUUUCUCUUUGUGUGAUGUAUACUAUCAAAAGAGUUCAAACCAAUGCAUCAGUCAGUCAAUUUAGUCCUGAUACUAGGAUGACAUAAGGUAGGCUACAGCCACACCAGGCCCUAUCAGACAGCAAGUAUUUAUUUCUAGAUCCUUAGUUUGUGGAAGUCCACAUAAUGUAGAUUGAAUAAGAAUUUAUGAAGGCAAGCUUAUUUUUGUAACAGCAGUACUGAAAUAACAGAGCGCUGUUUGCCUGAUGAUCAUGAAGGACUUUCAUUUGUAUAAAUAUAUGAAUGGUUUCGUAUUAAUUUUGGCAAGCAGAAGCCGUAACAUGUUUGAUCAAUUGAGAAAAUGACCCAGAGGACACCAAAAUAUGUUUUUCUUUUAAUUGUCACAAAUGUGCAUUUGUAUCACAAAUUAUUACAUUUCCAUACAAAAUACCGUACAUCUUAAAUAAAAUAUCAUAACACUUAUCUUGCUCCAAAACAGCAACAUGAAUAGAACUCUACCUAAGGCUGUGUUGCCAUGCCAAUGGGGAAAGGAUAGCAGGCAAGAACAGUCAUUAUUUGGUCAGUGCUGUUUGGGAUCCUUGGGACGUUCCGAACCUUAACCCUUACCGUUUUACAUUUCACCCGCAAUGGUGUGACGUAAGAGUUGGUAUGUCCCAAGAAUGCUGUUUAGACUUUUCCCAUAUUAUUUGGUCUGGCACACUUUAGCUAACAGGGAUGUCAGAACCACAGAACUAGAAUGAGACUUGCUAUGGCCAGAACAGCAGAACAAUGCUUUCCCUGCAAACUCACAUCUACCCUUUCAAAAAAUAAAAUCCAGCAUGUUUUCG